GCUUUUCGUUCUAGUCAGACGAAUGAUGGGUAAGAUGAUAUAUCUCUCCCAACCCUACAUAUCAGUCAGAACUUUCCAUCAUAUGUCAAAUUCUCCAUCUCCGGAUCAUCUACUAGCUAGGAUACCUUGCUGUUCCCCGUUUGCCAUGCGGAUGCCAACAUCAAAUGUGGGUACCGAGUCAACGACGAGUGACAAUAUUGAGGUAUCAAGAAAAGCAGAUGAUAGCUAGAUAUCUAGUACAAGUCCCCUUCCACAUAGUAUUAUUGAGAGUCUUCCUUCAAACAUUUGCUACUUGCAUCAAUUCUUCCCAGACUAUAGUUGGUACACAACUGGAAGGAUUCCAACAAUACUGCUGUAUCGUCUGAUGUAUAGUUGCUGGAUGACAAUUUGGAGAGUUUAUACAAAUUACCCAUGUAUCAAGAGUUGAAGAGAAGAAGAAAAGAAGAUCUGUAACUCUUCUUCUAAAGUAUAUUCAGUGGAGCUUUUCAAAUCUUUCGUCUUGUCAUUGGCGUUGUCAUUCCCGAAAAUAUUCAAUGAGAAAAAUCAUUCAUAUUCAGUUGUACUGUUCAUUGAUUGGAGGAAACUUAAAGGCUUUUAUCUCAAUGAUAUGGCAAGAAAGUCAUUCUCGAGUGGUUCCUGGCAGGAUGGGGUCUCUUCCACUAGGUCUUCCUUAUCUUCAACUUCAAGCGACCCGACCGAUUACUUUCCCACAACCACCAUUGAUAAACACACAGAUCGAGUUCCUUGGAUCAUCAACCAUGUAUUAGAGUGCCAUCUAUCCUCUGAACUUCCUUUGAAAAUAAUGUUCUCCUUUAAUGCAGGGCAUCGGGUGCCAACAUUGAAGGAAGCACAAAAAUGGUGGCAGUACGAACCAAAGGGAACAGCUAUCAUACACUUUUUAAUCUCAUUGGAAAAAUCAAAGCCAGAGAAUAAGGAAGACUCAACCAGCAAACCUGGAAAUGUUAAAGAGAAUAAAAUCAGUGAAGCUGAAGUUACUAAAGAGGACAAAUCCAGAAAACCUGAUGAUUUUAAGGAUGAAAACAUUAAAUCAACAAUUCGAAACCAUGCUGCUUAUGACCCUUUCAUGGAUGCUUCAAACGAAGCCCUUCUUGAUAUCGACUUUGAAUCAGAGCUUCCAGAUGGCAGACGAGCAAAUAGAGGGCUGCCACCUGAUUUCAUUAGGAAGUGGUGCUUGGAUAGAGUAUUUACAAAAGAUGAAGAUCAGGUGGAUUUUGAUCAGGCUCUCACUGGCAUUGACUAUCUCCAAGAUCUUGAAUGCCGAAGACGAGAGGCUCUUAGAGAAGUUGCUUUGCGUUUGAAAAUUGACAAGCACAAUUGGAGAAGAAUUUUGAGUGCUGAUCCUGAUGCCAAAAAAUGGGUAGAAGAUAUUCAAGCUCAAGAGACGAUUAUCGAAGGCUUCUAUGCUACUUGCUUUGUUGAUCUACGAAUCUGGACAAUGCUCCAUGAACUUAAAGCUCAUCCAUUUUAUAAGCCGAAUGCUCUCGCCAUGCUCAAUACAUUAUAUCCACCAUGUAUUCGAGAUCUCCCAAAUGAUCGCAUUGAUCGCGAAAAAUUACGAAAGCAUCGAGCCAAGUUCUAUAAUCUCAUCAUCCAGGUGACGCACGAAGGUAUCGAAGCUUUGAAAGAGUUUGAAACCCUCUUAAAGAACCCUGCAUGCAAGCAUAAUUGGGUUGAUACUCGAGAGAACUUGAGAGAUUACAUUGAGCUAGCCAGUAAGAUGAUCGAGCAAUCUAACGCUAUACACGACAUUAUGUUCUUCAAGAGAAGCGCUGCAAUAGCAUACAGUAUACGAUCCGCACACUCUAGAAGCACAACCGCAUCCUCAUCCACAUCAGCUCGUACUGAACGCCAAAGCGACCAAAAAGAAAAAUCAGUCACGGUAAAGAAUACUGCUUUCGAUUCAGAAAAGCCAGCUCCUCGGCAUCAUUCACAGAGCACAACGGGGAGCAGGAACAGCAAGGAAGAUACAUCACACCUGGCCACCUCAAACUCAAUGAAUGAGCCUCAAAAAACUGACAGGGCUGAGGCAAAAGUACACAGUCGAAAAAGGUUGGCAUCUCCAAAAAGUCAACACGAAUAUCGUGAAGAAUAUCACACCAUACCAAUGAAUGCGCCAAGAACGUCCUGUUCAGUAGUGAAAACCCCUAAAAUUCCCGAUGCUCAAAGCUUCUCAAGCUCAAGGUCAUCAAAUGGAGAUGGGAGAGAAUCGGUGCACAGCCAGCAAAGGAUACUUCAAUUAAACACACCGUUCAUGGAACAAUUCUCCGAAGCGGCACAUCAUAGCAGUUUCCAAACUUGGGUUCCAUUGAAAGAUCAACAGAAGAUGUCGCCGUUACGUCUAAAAUCAUUUCCUGAUCCGUGGUCGAGAGGUCCUCCUAAACCAAAGUAUCAGCUUCGUCCACAAAAGUUAUCUGAAGAUGAGAAACUUCUGAGAGUUUUGUGCCGGCCAGAAGCCCCAGUGGAAAGAAGGGCAUCUUUCCCGAAUGGUGUUCCAAGUUCAUCCUCACGAGCAAGGACUUCCAGUUUUGCUUCCAAAAAAGUAAAGUCUCGCGGAAUGUACAAAGACGGCGGUGCGACUUCAGUUGAAACUUUGCGGGCUGGCUCUUCAACACACGUUUCGCAACACGGCUCUUCGAGUGGACUCGGUCCAAUGAAGCAAGUUGAGCAUGUCUUGAAAGAUUGUGAGGAUUCAUAAUAAGUCCACUAAAUCACUUAUUAAUAUCUUACUAAAUAAGAGAUAUCUUGAUGACUAAUACACAUAUAAUAUGAUCUUAUAUUAUAAAAUCAUAUUAUCAUAUAGUUGUAUAAUAGUAUCUCUUAUCAAAUUGAUUUAUAAUGGAAUAGAAUGAAAUGGAACUAGAUGGAAGUAUACAGGAAAUAUCGCUAAAUUGAUUGGUUGUACUUUCUUUUUAUUAUCUAAAAUGAUUCUAUAAGAUACGAUUUAAAUCGAUCUUAUUUAUAAGCAUAGAAUAUACUAGAAUUUCAUUAUAAA